UCCAUCAUCUUCUCCCCAAACACAUUCCCUCAAAACCAGAGAAAACCCUACAACACCACCACCACCCCUCCCCCACCCCCAAAUGGACCCACCAUCACCACCGCCGCCGCCGCCGCAAAAAAGCUGGAGCAUCCAUACCCGCCGCGAAAUCACCUCAAAAUACACGAUCCAAUGCCGCGUGGGCUCCGGCGCCUACUCCGACGUCUACAAGGCCCUCCGCCGCUCCGACUCCCUCCCCGUCGCCCUCAAGGAGAUCCACGACUAUCAGUCCGCCCACCGCGAAAUCGAGGCCCUGCAAUCCCUAUCCGGCUCCCCAAACGUCGUCGCUCUGCACGAGUACUUCUGGAGCGAGGACGAGGACGCCGUGCUCGUGCUCGAGUUUCUCCCCACCGAUCUGGCGUCUGUUAUUCGGGAAGGGAAGAAGAAGGGUGGGAUUGCGGUGGGGGAGAUUAAGCGGUGGAUGGUGCAGAUUCUGUGUGGUGUUGACGCCUGUCAUCGGAGUUCGAUCGUGCAUCGAGAUUUGAAGCCUGCGAAUCUGCUUGUGUCUGCCGAUGGUGUUCUCAAGUUGGCCGAUUUCGGUCAGGCAAGGAUACUUUUAGAUCCCGGUUCUGUGACCUUGAAUGGAAACCCACUGCUGAAUGAGCAAAUUACUCCAAAUCCUUCCAGUGUUGAACCACCUGAAUUUAUUCUAGAAACUGAAAUUCCAAUCAAAGAUGGCUCUGCAAAUGAAGAGCUUGGAUCUUCAAGCAAAGAUGAUUUCAUCGGGGAGUUGGAUGAGUUCAAGUCUAAAGAAGCCAUGAUUGAGAUUGAUAAGGAAACUCAAGAUGGAGAUACAUCCUGUCUUGCUACAUGCACAACUAGCGAAGCGGAAGACGAUCCAUUCGGAGGUUCUUUUUCCUACGAAGCCGAGGGUGGAGAUGACGGAAAUGGGCCUCUCACAUCGUGUGUGGGAACUCGCUGGUACAGAUCGCCCGAGUUACUCUACGGAUCUACAAAAUAUGGGCCAGAAAUCGACUUGUGGUCGUUGGGAUGCAUUUUCGCCGAGCUUUUCAGCUUGGAGCCAAUUUUUCCAGGCAGUUCGGAUUUAGACCAGUUGGGGAGAAUUUUCAGUGUCUUGGGCAACUUAAGUGAGGAAAUCUGGCCUGGGUGUUCAGAACUUCCUGAUUACAGAAUCAUUUCGUUCGGUAAAGUGGAAAAUCCAAUUGGUUUAGAAUCGUGCCUUCCCAACAGGUCCCCUGACGAAAUCAAUCUAGUGAAAAAACUUCUUUGUUUCAACCCAGCAAGUAGAGCUACUGCCAUGGAACUGCUCCAUGAUAAGUAUCUCACUGAAGAGCCUCUACCGGUUCCGGUGUCUGAACUUAGGGUUCCUUCUUCACACACUGCUCAAGACCAGGAUUCUGAUGAUGAGUGGGGUGACUACAGAGACAUGGGUUCGGAUUCUGAUUUUGACGAUUUUGGUCCUGUGAACGUUACUGCUACUGAGACAGGUUUUUCAAUUCGGUUCCCUUGAACUCAUAGCAUGAAUACACUACAAAUAAGUUAUGUACGCAUUUUAUUCUACAUUGUUUGUACACCCAAUUCUUAUGAACAGGUGCCCCCUCAAAUUCUUGGGGCAUAGCCGUUCUAUUUAUAGCAACGUAAUAUGUUCUAUCUGUAGCCAUUCUAUUUAUCUUGAAGUAGUAAUCUGUCAGAGAUUGAGAAACUCUUCAAGCAUUGGUUUUGCGACUAAGUUUAGUUAUUUGUGUAAAACUGAAACGAAUAAUAUGAUCUGUUUUGAUUAUUUGUUA